CUUUUUGCUCGUUGCUUACCUACACAAUAUAAUCCGGAGAAAAAAAAAAGAAUAGUGAAAAAUGGCACUGAUAGAAGUCUUUCUUGGUGCAAUCAUCAAGGUGAUAUUUGACAAGCUUGCUUCUGUGGAUUUGAAGAAAUUUGCACGCUCAGAAGGCUUAGAUACUCAGCUGAAACGAUGGAUCCAAGUGCUAUCCCUGAUUCAGGCAGUGCUUGAUGAUGCAGAGGACAAGCAGAAUAUGAGGAUUGCUGUGAAGCAGUGGCUAGAUGAUCUUCAGGAUUUGGCGUAUGAUAUGGAUGAUGUGAUCGACGAAUUCUCCACUGAAGCUUGUCGAAGAAAGUUGAUGGAAGCUCAAGGCUCUACUAGCAAGGUAAGAAAGGUUAAAAUCCCUUCCUGUUGUACAAAUUUUUCUGUUAAAGAUUAUAAGUUCAACAGAAAAAUGGCUCCCAUGGUGGAUGAAAUAACUAGAAGAUUGGAGAGCAUGAAAGAACAAAUCAAAAUCCUCCAUUUGGCAGAGACUGUAGCAAAGAGGCCGAACAAAACUAGGGAUAGAUUGCCAUCAACUUCCUUGGUGGAGUCUUAUGUUUACGGUCGAGAGAAUGACAAAGAAGAGGUGCUGAAAUUGCUCCUUUCAAAUGAAUCGAGUGAUGAUCAAGUGGUUGUGAUACCAAUUGUUGGCAUGGGAGGGGUUGGUAAAACAACUCUUGCUCAAAUGGUGUACAAUGAUGACAGAGUCAACGAAUUUUUCGAUUCCAAGGCUUGGGCUUGUGUUUCAGAUGAUUUUGACAUUGUUGGGGUAACAAAGACAAUCCUUAAAGCAAUCACACGAGGUGUCUGUGAUUAUGAGGAUCUGAAUAUGGUUCAAGUGAAACUGAGUGAGGCCUUGACCAGGAAGAGGUUUCUAAUUGUUUUAGAUGAUGUUUGGAAUGAAAAAUACGAGGACUGGGACAUCCUGCGCCGCCCAUUUCUAGUUGGUUCAUCUGGGAGCAAGAUAAUUGUCACCACUCGGCAUCAUAGGGUGGCAUCAGUAAUGUCUUCCACUGCUGGAUAUAGUCUGAAGGAGUUGACAGAUGAUGAAAGCUUAUGGUUACUGGCAAGACAUGCACUAGGAAGGACAAAUUUUGACAGGCACCCCAAUCUAGAAGGCAUUGGUAGGAGUAUUGUAAGGAAAUGUAAGAACUUGCCCUUGGCCGUGAAGACUCUUGGAGGGCUGUUGCGUGCUAGAUCGACCCCAGAUGAAUGGACGGAUAUACUGAACAGUGAGAUAUGGGAAAUAAAAGAGGAUCAAAGUGAUAUUCUUCCAGCACUAAGAUUAAGCUAUUAUCAUCUUCCUGCCCAUCUAAAACCGUGCUUUGCUUACUGCUCCAUAUUUCCCAAGGACUAUGAGUUUGACAAAUAUGAGCUUGUAUUGCUCUGGAUGGCAGAGGGUUUUCUCGAGGAAUCAAAAGCAAGUGAUCUUUUGGAGGACAUAGGGGACAAUUAUUUUAAGGAGCUACUAAUGAGGUCCUUCUUCCAGCAGUCAAGUUCCGCUAGUUCACGUUUUGUGAUGCAUGACCUUAUUAACGAUCUAGCUAGAUAUGUUGGUGGAGAUUUUUGUUCCAGACUGACAGACGACUUGGAAGAGAACAUCAAAUGCACGAUUCUUGACAAGGUUAGGUACACAUCAUUCACAAGUUCAAUGUAUGGAGCUUCACAAAAGUUUAAAACACUUCAGAAAGCAAAACAUUUGCGGAGUUUCCUACCCGUUUCCGGCAAGUAUGACGGCGACUUUUACAUCGCUAAAAAGGUCAUAACAGAACUUUUGCUGGAAUUGCGAUACUCAAGGGUGCUAUCAUUCAGUGGAUAUGCUAUCUCUGAUCUACCAAAUUCCAUUGGUGAAUUAAUACAUCUAAGGUACCUGAAUUUGUCUGGUACUUCGUUGAAAGUGUUGCCUGAAUCAUUGAGUAAUCUUUGCAAUUUACAAACACUACGUUUGCGCGACUGCUGGGGGCUGAUUAACAUUACCGGUGGGUAUUAG